CCUCCUCUCACCAUCGAUUCGAUGGCUUCGCUCCGCUUGCGUCGGUCCGGAGCCAGACCAGACCCCCUGGAUGGCCUUCGUGAAUGGCACAGCCCACGGUUUCGCUACCACCACCUCCUCCUCCAGACGCUCCUCCUGCUCCCGCUUAUAGUCGCGUGCCGCCGCGCCUUUCCCUCCCCCAUCGCUGCCGCUCCCCUUCUUCCUCCUCCCAUCCCGUCCUUAUCGCUACCUUCUUUCUCCAAUUCCUCGCUGCUGCCAAAAGAUCGCUUUUUUCGUGGGGUUACUGUCGGCUUGCUGGUACGGUGGUUGAUCGAUGGAGGUGGUUGCUGGGGGAGUGGGGGUGGCGGAGCCCGCCGCCGCGGCGGCCGGGGAGCACGCGGCCAAGCGGAGGCGGGUCACCGCGGAGACGGCGCCGGCGGGGGCGAGGCGGGCCGGAGGAGGGGUGGCGCGGCGCGGGAGGCGGCGGCGGGUGCAGGCGGACGCGGACGCCGCCGCCGUGCAGCGGCUAUUCCAGGCCUGCCGCGACGUCUUCAGGGGCCCUGGCACCGUGCCCAGGCCCGAAGAGGUCCAGCUGCUCCGCGCCAUGCUCGAUAGGAUGAAGCCGGAAGAUGUCGGCCUAAGCCCGGAUCUCAAGUUCUUCAGGUCUAGAGAUGCUGCUCAAGGAACCCCCACAAUUACACACACGACAAUAUACAAUUGCCCAAAUUUCUCGAUGGUUAUCUUAUUUUUGCCGCGGAAUGCGGUCAUCCCUCUCCACAAUCACCCUGGAAUGACGGUGUUCAGCAAGCUGCUCCUCGGCUCCAUGCAUAUAAAGUCAUAUGACUGGGUUGAUCCUGAUUCUGAUCCGUCAGGGACCAGCUGUUCAUCGCAAGUUGAUGAUCAGUUGAGAUUGGCAAAACUGGUGGUCGAUGAUGUUUUUACGGCGCCGUGUGACACCUCAGUACUGUAUCCGACGACUGGAGGAAACAUGCAUCGUUUUACUGCCAUUGCGCCUUGCGCAAUCCUCGACAUUCUUGGGCCCCCGUACUCCAUAGAAGAGGACAGGGACUGCACAUACUACACCGAUAUUCCAUAUACACAACAUUCGACGGCAGACGGCACCGGCGACCUAAACAACCUUGAGCAAGAUCAAGGCUGUCUGGCAUGGCUCAAGGAGAUCGACAUGCCGAGGGAGCUGAAGAUGUGCAGCGUCCACUAUGGCGGCCCGCCAAUCUCUGACAAGUGACCGCUGGCUGUCGCCGUGAACGAAGGCCUGCUCGAUCUCUCGUGUUGUACUUGUCCUGUACCUAACUGAAUGAUGUCCAACUGAUCAUGGCUGGAUCGGACCAUCGUCUAACCUUGUGAAUAGCACUAGCAGCAAGCCAUAAGCCUUGACAGACUGACUUCCACCAGUUGGCCAGAAAUAGAAUGCUUGCUUGCUUGUGUGCACGCGGCGUUGUUGUUGUUAGAUGUUUUCUCGGUCUUUCUUCCUUUCUUUUUUUUAAAGAAAAUGUGCUCUUUUGGUUCGUAGUUAUAAUACAUUGAUCAUCCAUAGUUUUCAUUUCGUUUCUGUC